UACUCUUGCUUUUGCCCCCAUCCAUGGUUCUUUCUUGUGCGCUCGUGGCUCUCCGGAUCUCUCUCUUCGAUCCUCUCCUCCUCCAUCUACUUCGUCUCUUUGUCUGAAUCCGGCCUUCCAUGGGGCCAAUCGGAGGGCUACGGGGUUGCCCGCCUCGUGGUUUUCGAUGGACGCCACCCAGCGAGGGGGCAGGGCGGUGGUGGUGAGCUCGUCAAGCCUGGAGAUGGCGGCUCCGGUCGUCGGGCAGGUGACGGAGGUGAACAAGGACACCUUCUACCCCCUCGUGAAUGCCUCCAGCUCCGAGAUCGUCAUUCUUGACAUGUAUACCCAAUGGCGUGGUCCUUGUGAGGUGAUGGCUGCUAAGUGUCAAGAAUUGUCUGAGAAGCACCUUGAUGUUGUAUUUCUUAAGCUUGACUGCAAGCAAGAAAAUAAGGCCCUUGCAAAAGAGUUGGACAUACGGGUCGUCCCGACCUUUAAGAUUAUCAAGGAUAGCAAGGUUGUAAAAGAAGUAAGAGGGGCCAAAUUUGAUGACUUAGUUGCUGCAACAGAGACAGUGAAGUCAAGCUGACAUUUUCUUAUUCAAAUUGGCCCCUCCAGAUAAUCAAAUAUGAGUACGCAUUGGAAGAAUCUUUAUCAAGUUAAUUCUAUAAAAUUGCUUGGAUCAUCUGGACCGGGUGUUCCUUGGCUGUAAAGAAUUGGAAAUGAAACUUCAAAUAAUAAGGAUAUUGAUUAAACUAGAAUGUGCUCAUUUUACAUUUAUGUUCAGAUUAAGAGUAUGAUGCACGAGCACCUGUGCAGGGCAUCAAAGGUGAAACAGAUUGUCUUUUGAGUUGCUACAAAAUACCAGAUUAGCAAUCAAGGAAAGGUUCCUUACAUGAUUUUGCAGCAUACUGUUAUCAUAGGUCAUUGACCCCGGAAAUUCAUACUGUUAUCAUGAAUCAUCAGAAUGGCCAGCGGAAGCCAAUAUUGAGAAUUUGGUCUUGUUUCAUAAUUUAAAUCAACAA